CUGGAGCACAAGAGAGGAAGUCUGCGGUGAUGUUCUCUCUGCCGGGUAUGUAGUUGAUCUGGUAUCUGUAGGGCUGCAUGGCGAGGUACCAUCUUGUUAUGCGGCCAUUACUGUCCUUCAUCUUCUCCAGCCAUUGCAGGGCCCGGUGGUCGGUCUCCAAAGUGAAUUCUCUUCCCAAGAGGUAGUAUUUGAAAGAGUCCAUGGCCCAUUUGAUUGCUAGCCCUUCUUUUUCCACAGUGGAGUAUUUGGUUUCUCUGGGGAGUAGCUUUCGGCUUAUGUAAGCCACAGGAUGUCGAUCAUCAUGUGUGCCCUGUAAAAGCACAGCUCAAAUGCCUCUUUGAGAGGCGUCAAAUUGCAAAAUGAAAGGUUCAUUAAAAUCUGGACUGUGAAGCACAGGAUCCUUACUUAGUGACUGUUAAACCUAUUUGUUUAAAAGAAGUAAUAAUAUCAUUAGACAUGUAAUUGAAGGUAACUGUCUUGCAGUCUUUUCAGGCGUGGUGUGUUCAUAUGUGAGGUGGGGGCAGGGCAGAGGUAUGAAGGCGAGUCGGAGACAUAUCAGUCUGGUCAUUUCCUCCAUGAGUUCCUCUGAAGAAGUGUUGUUUCUCUGCUCUCAAGCAAAGACGCACAAAAUAGUGCUGGUGUUGCAGUGAGGCUUCACAACCAGAGACUCGGACUGCUUUAAUACGAAUCCUGUGGCUCUGGGGACGAUGAAGAACACCUUUGUCUGUGAUGAAUCCAUGAUCAUCACCAUUCCUGUUGGGAGCAUCCAGGAACUUCAGGACGGUCAGCUGAUGCCAGAACAAUUCUACUGCGUGUUCAAUGAUCACUUCAAGGUCCUUGUCAUCAAGGGGAAAGCUCAGCCUCUCGGAGCAGCCCAAGCUAUCUUUGGUCUUCUUCUUUCUGCUCUCGCACUGGUUGUCUAUCAUUCAGUGUUUUGGAUAUACACAUUUCCAAGCAUUGUGUUUGUGAUCUGUGGCGGGCUGUCCUUUGCUGCUGGGAAAUGUCCAAACAUGACUGUGGCGAAGCUGUCCUUUUCCCUGAACAUUCUGAGUUUAUUUUGGUCAUUUACAGCAUUUGUUAUCAAUAUGCAAUACUUGAUUGAAUCCCCCCCACAUCGUUGGAUAUACCUAAAUUAUUGGAAAUACUUAGCUUAUUGGGAAGUCGGAGAAAUCACAAUCCUGAUAUUGAGUCUGCUGGUUGUUGAAUUUUUCAUCUGCAUUUUCCUGAUCUACUGGUUGAGUAAAGCCAUUUGCAGACAACACUUUAAUACGCUGCCGACUAUAGUGCUGAAAUCAGGAAACUGACAUUUGAAGAUUGAAGAGAAUCAAGAGUCAACAUCAUGUAUGCUCUACUUUGCUUGUAAAAAUCAGCAAUUGUUUUUAUGUCAGAUAUAACUGUAAUCUAACCACAGAGACUAAAUCAGUUUUUAAAGGACACUUUUUGAUUUUUGAUUCACCAGUUUCCUCUAGUGGGAUUAAUAAAGUUUAUAUUUCAUCUCAUCUCUUAUGAGGAGAAGGUUGUCUUUACAAUGUUGCAAAAUCUUUGCUUCAUUGGUUAUCACUGUUUUUUUUCCACUUUAUUUUAUAUUCCCUAUGAUAAAUAUUUCUGCAUUCAUUUUUUGAUUGUACAAUUAAGUUUUAAAAUCAGCGAAAGCUCAGCACUCAGUCAUUGAAAGGUUUUGACAUGUACAUGUAUUAAAGAGAUUUUUUUACAAAUUGUGUAAACUUUUCAACAGAAAUUUGCUUGUUUUCUCUUUUUAUAAUAAUGAAUUAAAUCUAUAAAAUU